AUGGAUGGGGAAACCCUGGGUGAAACAUCAGAUCAGAAGCGAAUGGCAAACAGUGCAACAGUGAAUAUUAGCCCCAUUCUCUCAACAGCUACUUCGGCAAUGGAACCAUUGGCAUCGCAAGAGGAAUACGAAGAUAACACGACUCGUUACGAAAAUACUGGUAGAAAUGCCUCUCUUCCCCAUUUUUAG